AGUCGACAAUGCUCCUCGCGUUGUUGCCACACAGAGCCAUCGUCGCGUGCUUCAUCCUUGUUGCGAUCGUUGUGUUUCAGUGGAUGUGCUUUGUCGGAUUGUUGUGUUUCAGCACCUUCGAGUAGUUUGCCGUCUUUGCCUUUUGGUUGCUUCUCCAAUUUUGUUGUUUGGACGAUUGAGUGCCGUGGGGUUUCGAGUGCGCUGUGACUUUGGAUGCAAAGGAGGGAGUCUGCAUUCUGGUCUCCUUGAAUUCGUCGAGGUUUGGUUGCGUUGGAGGUGAGUUUCAGCGUUGGGGUUUGAAAUUGGAACGAAACUGUGUUACUUUGUCGAAUUAAAGUGGGAUUGAUAGAAUCUAGUGUGUUUUUGGUCGUGAAUUUGGGGUUGCGUUGGGUUGGAAAUGUUAUUGUAAUGAUUAAGGGUUUCGAUUGAUCGGAUUUUGGUUUGGAGAAGUGGUGGGGGAGUCAUCGAGGUUGAUGGUCGGAUCGUUUCAUGUAGGGGUGCGAAUUGAGAAUGCUGGCUUGGAUUUCGACGUUUGGAAUUGAGUGUGAGUCAAUUUUGGAGAGCUGAGAUGGUGUAGGAGGAAGGUAGUGGGCUCGAGUGGUUAAUGUGCGAUGGAUCGUCUGGGGUUCUCUUCAAACGGGAAUCAGUAUCCGCAGGGUGAGCCAUUCUUUGACUUACUGCAAUCAAACACAAAUUCCGGUUACUACGGGUCGCAAAAUUCUCCGCCUGUGUACUUCGCCAAUGACGACGUAUUACCGGGAUUGGAUUUCCAGCCAAUGGUGGACGGAUGCGGCAAGGAGAAGAUGGAUAGCAUCAAGCGCGUUUGGCAGUCUCAACCUGCAAAUUCUUGCAAUCAUGCUCCGUCAUAUGACUUGAAUGUGCGCCCCGACAUCGAUGAUGUCGACACUGCCACUUUAGCAGCUGUAGAACGGACAGUGAAGAAGUAUGCAGACAAUCUGUUGCGGGUUUUGGAGGGCAUGAGCGGCCGACUGACUCAGUUAGAAGUCAACAGUCUUCGAGUGGAGCAUUCAGUCGAUAAAAUUAAGGUUGAUGCUGCUAACAACUUCGGUGCAACUGAUGGGAAGUUGAUGUCGUUGGAGAACAUGAUUCGAGAGGUUCAACGAAGUGUACAGGUAAUUCGUGAUAAGCAGGAAAUUACCGAAGAGCAGAUGAAGCUCGAAAAGCUUCAAUUAAGUGCUCAGCGUCAGAAGUCUCCACCAGUUACUUCGAUGCCCAAAGUCGGGGCUGUCGAAGCGCCCCUCGCACUUCCACCGCCAACCUCCGCUAUGAAACCUCUUGAAGUCCCUUGUGCACAAGCAGCCCCGGUUUUUCAACAGCAGCAAUCUCAGCAGCUUCAGCCUUCUGCACACCAAUUGCCCCAGCCAUCUCAGCAGCUCCAGGCUCCUUCGCCGGUACCCCAGAUACAGAUGUCUGGUAUGGGACCCCCUCUGCAGCAUCCUCAGCUCCAAAUGCGAGGACCAACCUUGCAUCCUCAGCACCAGCAGUUGCAUCCGCAGGGACAAGUUGUUAUGUCCCAGCAUCAACAAAUCCCAGCGCAAGGGCAGAUCCCUCCUGUUCCUCAGCAGCAUAUGCAAAUGCAAGUGAUGCCUCCGCCUCCGCCUCAGCAGCAUCUUCAGGUUCAAAGUCCUCAGGCUUCGCAGUUACUUCCGCAAAGUCCUCAAGUCCAGCCUUCUCAACACCCCCCUCAUCUCCAGCAACACCAGCAGUUACAGCUGCAGGUGCCCACUAAGAAUCAACCCGAUCCCCAGUACCCAACUCAGCAAGUGCUACCGGUUGCUCCUCAACAUUCGUCGCAUGCUUCACCUCAUUACGUUCAGCAACAGCAACUGCAACAAGGACAAACAGGCCCAGCUCCCCCCGUGGCGCAGCAUUAUGGUAGUCUCAACCAAGACGUUAAUCCCUAUGGAACAUCGCAGGGCAGCUACAGUCAAGCGCUCCCUCCUCAACCAGUGCCUGGAGGCUACGAGCUUCGUUUCUUGCCACUGCCUACACCAUCUUCCUCAAUGGGUCAAGUGCCACCACAACUGCCGACCAGCCAGCAUCAACAACACGGGCAGAGUGGUAAUCAGAUGUAUGAGUCUCGCCGUCAUGGUGGUGGUACGCCUCCUUCGCCUGGACCGUAUCAACCACAAGCUUAUCCUUCUCAAGACCGGGAUGGACCCCAGGGAUACAACCAGUAUGCUCCUCCUCAGUAUCGCAUGGCUCAACCUGGUAGUCCUGCAUCUGGAGGUUAUCCGCAGCUACCCACAGCCCGGUCAAUUCAACCGUCAUCGUUGUCUACAGGGGGAACAGCUCCAGUGGCUGCCAACCGCGUCUCAAUCGAUGAAGUGAUUGAUAAAGUUGCAAGCAUGGGGUUUGGGAGGGAUCAGGUUCGGGCGAUUGUUAGGAAAUUAAUGGAAAACGGGACAACUGUGGAUUUGAAUGUAGUACUCGACAAGUUGAUGAAUGGUGACUCCAGUGGCGGAAAUGAGGGUCAGCAACCCGCAAAAGGCUGGUAUGGGCGGUGAUGAAGAUGUCGUCGGCGAUUCUUCAGUAGGCUGUAUUUCAAGUACCUAGGGUCAUGCUGGGAUCGUGAUUGAUGUCUCCACGUUUCAGAACUUUUCAUUAGGCUAAGCUGAUCUAGUGGAAAUGGCCCGUCAUGGGAGGUAAACGUUCAGUGUGAGCUCAGUGACGUUUAGCAGCUAGAAUGCUAUCAGUAUAUAUUUCGGCUUUUGCGGUAUAGCAGCUAUAAUGCUAUCAUUGUGUAUUCCAGUUUUUUAUUUUUAUGUACGGCCGCUGUGUCUUUUUAUAAUUUAUAUAAUUUAGAAACUUUA